AUGAUCAAGACUGUCUUGAUUACAAGAGAUUCCUCCAUUUCGUUGAAGGAUUUCAAGGCUCAGUUGCUUGCAGCUGAACAAACUGCAGAAGUUUCUGGCUCCAAGUUUGGUUAUAACUCGUUUCAUAGGAGCAAUAUUGUCCCUGAGUGUCAGCUUUGUUGCAAGCGGGGUCAUACCGCUGCCAACUGUUAUUUUAGGCAUGAUGCCUCUCCCGCUCAGGGCUCUGCACAAGUGAUUGAAUGCCAGAUUUGUGGAAAAAGGGGGCAUGAAGCUCUUGAUUGCUUCCAUCAUUCCAAUUACUCCUAUCAGGGACAACCUCUAUCUCCAAAGCUCUCCGCUAUGACUGCACGGAGCUCUUAUAUCCCUAAUCAAGUCUGGAUUGCAGACAAUGGUGCAUCUCAUCAUAUGGUUGCAGAUGUCUCCUCCUUGCAUCAUGACAAGCGAAUGAAGACCAUUCUACUCCAAGGACUGAGUCAUAAUGGUAUAUAUCCCAUCCCAUGUACAUUGCCUUCACAGUCCAAGGCAGUGGCGUUUCUUAGACAGAAAGUUAGUUCCUCUUUGUGGCAUCGAAGACUUGGUCAUCCCACCAAUGCUGUCGUCAAAUUGAUGCUCAAGAAUUCACAGUUAGAGUCUCUAAAUGAUGAUUCAAGUUAUGAGAAUGAUCAGCCUAUAUUUAGUGAUCAGCAAUUACAAGCGAUACUACCUUAUGAAGCAUUUUCCCCUUUUCCUCCUCCUCCUAAUCCAGAACCAGUAAACACACAUGUUAUGCAAACCAGAUCUAAGUCUGAUAUUGUCAGGCCAAAACAGUUUCAAGAUUAUCAAGGCUAUUUCACCUGUUUAACUGCAAGUGUUGAGCUAGAUGAACCUUGUAGUUAUAAAGUGGCCUUAUACUCAACUGAAUGGAGGAAAGCUAUGCAUAAGGAAAUUGAUGCCCUUCAAUUACAAGGUACUUGGAGUUUGGAGCCAAAUCCUGGCAACAAAAAUAUUGUUGGUAGUAAAUGGCUGUAUAAAAUAAAGAAGAAUUCAGAUGGAUCUAUUGCAAGCCCUAUCGUGAGGCAUACCACAGUUUGGUUGGUUUUAAGUCUUGUUGCUAUGAAUCACUGGUCAUUAAGGCAACUAGAUGUGAAAAAUGCCUUCCUUCAUGGAGAUUUAGAGGAGGAGGUGUUUAUGCGUCAACCACAAGGGUAUGAAGAUCCUGCUUAUCCAGAGUAUGUGUGUAAGCUCAAGAAAUCCUUGUAUGGUCUGAAGCAAGCUCCAAAGGCUUAG